CUGUUCCGCUCGCCUCCACCAGGGCCGCUCUCCACUCUUUUGUUUGAGGUAGAAAAGUGCAGCAGUCAGACGGAGGCUCUGCUGCUGUUGUUGUGGACUGAAGCUAACUUUCGUCGACUGAGACACCAGCCCGCUUGUUCUCUCCGCUGGCACGACUAGCUAGCCUGUUCGUGUAAAUGCUUUUCACUAGAAUGGACCUGCUGAACUCUCAGUUCCUGGACAAGAUGAACAAUAACAUCGGGAGACUGCACUACGACGAUGAGUCCAGGACACCCCCCAUGCCCACGGCCAUGUCCAACAUAACCGGCCCCCCUCCUCACUGUCCAAGCAAACGGAAGUAUGGAGAAGAACAAAUGGAUGACCGAAUGAACUGUGAUGACGACCACAUGACCAAAAUGAGCAGAUUGUUUGCCAGUCAGCUGGCCCGUCCCUCUGCUGGAGACAACCGUAAUGAGCUCUGGAGUCACAGUCCUGUGGAGCACAUUACAUCCUCUUCUAAUGGUCUACAUGGGACCCACUUAUAUGCUUCCAUUUCGGGCUAUGCUGUGGACCAGCCUCUGCCUCUGACCAAAAGCAGCCAUGACAUUGGAGGAGGGGGCAGAGAGAGAUCUGUCAUGGGUGGGACUGUAGAGCGGCAGCAGAAUCGUCCCUCAGUUAUUACCUGUGCCCCGGCGAGCAACCGCAACUGUAAUCUCUCUCACUGCCACAUGAACGGCUGCUCUCCCAGCCCACCCGCUGAUCAGAGGAAGACCAAUGCCAACACAGUAUGUGACCCUGUGAUUGAGGAGCACUUCCGUCGCAGCCUUGGGAAAAACUACAAAGAAGCGGAGCCUGAGUCCAACUCGGUGUCCAUCACAGGCUCGGUGGAUGACCACUUUGCCAAAGCUCUGGGAGAUGCCUGGCUCCAAAUCAAGGCCAAGGGCGGGGGUCAUCAGAGCCCAGAUGCAGAUCCAUGAAGCGGAGGGGAGUAAACAUUAAAAUCGCCUUCUUUAGUCUUUGCUUCUUGCCAAGCAUCAACUUCCCUUAGCCAAGAACAAUGUAAGAUGUGGUGCUGCCAGGCCGUUCACUUGUGGGCGCUGAGGUUAACCUCUUAUUAGAACACUGGGGGAGUUUUCCAAUCAAAGAAGAAAAGUAAAUGUUCCAUACUGUAAUUGGAUUGACGAAGGUGGUUGUGGAAUUUAUACAAUCAUAGAUUUUACAAUUGGUUGUCAGCAUCUGUUCUGUUAAACCGGCCUUUCACUUGCCUUGAUAGCCAAAGAACCCUCCCCCCCGCCUUUCUCUCAAUAUAUAAGCCAUAGAUCUGGUCUUCAACGUUUUCACUCUAUAAACUCUCACUGCUUUUUGAAUCUAUAUUACUUGAAAAGGACAACCAGGUCUCAUCUGCACUAUAACAUUCAGACCUGUUAGGUGGCAGGUCGCCUGUUUCAGUUGGAACUGAUGUGUUUGAGAACGCACCUGGUUUUGAAAUGGUCAUAAUGCAAGUCAGGCUCUGGUCCCUCUGCUUUCUGAAGACCCUCGACUAACCUUCGUCUUCUUUAUGAUCCUGAACUGGACGUAUCGACUGAUGGCUAAAUCGUUUUAGUUUCCUGUUUAUAUGCUCACUGUGGCUGAUUACUUAGUAAACUAAUAUCAAUCAAAGUACAUAUCCCUAACUAGAAAGCAUGUUUCAAAUAGCUGGUUUCUAUUACAAUCCUUAUUCUAUACUAUAUAUAUAUAUAUUUACUCAGAAUUUAUUUUUUAUCUAUAACGUGUUAGAAAUACUCACUGCUGGUACAGUUGUACUCAAUAUAUUUUUUUGUAUCUGGUUUUCAUUACUAUAUGGAGGUUUAUCUUAUUCAUCUAAACAUCACAGCCUCUGGCAAGGUUGUCUGAAUGCAGUUUAAUAGGCUACGUUGCUUUGUUAUUCUGUGGAGCUGGAUGCUUUAUACACGACUGAAUACAGUGAAAUCUGACUUUCUACAGCACAGUCUGUAAGCAGUGGCUUUAUUUAUUCUCAGCACAUUGAUAUUUUUAUGUAUAGGACAACGGGAUUCUUACUUUGAGUUAAUGAGAACAAAGGAGUCUGUCUCCAUCGCUUCAGUGACAAUAUUAUAUCCUUAAAAUUAUCAUUUUAAUGAAGAAUUAACUAGAAUAGCACCCAGUAGAGCACGUAGGUCCACCAAGGCCCAACAUUCCCUUUUUAAAUUAAAUCAACCCGUGUAAAACUACAAGCAUAAAUUGAAGUUAGUGCCCUUAUUAUGCCAGAUUUUUUUCAUUAACAUCCAUAAAUGAUUCUGUGUGAAAUCUAAGGAAAUGUCAAAGUAUAAAAUCUUCUGGAUCUACCCUUUUUCCCAUCCUUCCACAAAGUUUGAUAAAAAGCCUUUGAGUAGUUUUCGUGUAAUCCUGCUGACAAACUAACAAACAGAGGCGAUAAUAUAACCUCCUUUUCGGAGUUAAAUUAAUAAGAUGUAGGAUCAACAUUCCACCAUUGACUUGACUCCACGACUGCCUGACAUGCAUCAGUCAUUUCAGUUGUGUUUACUAAAUACUGUUACAAACUUUUUUGUGUUCUUUAGAUCAAUAUGUCAUGGUGAGCGUUGCAGAAAUCUUCCUUAUCGUGGACAAAAUGUGUCAGUGAGCCACAAUUUAUCUUCAAAUGCAGUUGAGUUUUUAUUAGAAUUAAUUUCUCACCCUUUUCUGGAAGUUGUCUACAUAUAGUAGCUUAAUCUAUUUGUCAACACUGAUUAAGAGAGUAUUGUAAAUUCAGACUUUUGUAUGUUAAUUAGCUGUUUGUGAAAACCUAAACCUUUUUGUAUUAAUAAUAUUUUACAGUUUAAAAAAAAAAAAAAAAUGUUACACACACACUAUCCUUUCUUUAUAUUUUAUUUUAGCCAUGUAAGACUAUCGUUGCGCCGCGCGGAAUGAUCCUAGAUAUUUUGUUUUCUAUUCAGAGUAGUGUAGCAUGGACGCUCAUAAUAUUCUAACCAUGCGUUCUGUCUUUCUAAACGUUGAUUCUUAUUAUCCCACAGUUAUCAGAUGAUUAAGUGCAGGAACACAACAGUCUGUUGAUAAAACACUUCUCUUGGUGCAGCGUCUACACCAACAGUUUAAAGAGUGACUGUGUGUACCAUAGUGGAAUUUAGGGAUUAUUAUUAUGGGGGAUCUGCUUGUUUGACACAAGUAGAUUUGUCUCAGUAAUAUGUACGGGGGUAUUAGUCCGUUGUUAUUUAAUUGCUUUGUUUAGACCGUCUGUAUCACAGAGGCCGUCAGCAGAAAGGACCUGACUUGUUCACUUUUGUUAUUUUUUUCUCUGGAAGAAAAUGCCACUGUUUGUACUUAAUUUCUUCCAAAUAAACAUGCAAAUGAAAUGUC